AUGCCAUCAGAUUUCUCAUCUGACUGUGAGAGCCUUAACUGCUUGGAUGAUAUGCAAAUCGAGUCUGAUGGGAAUUCCCACCCCAACAAGAGUGUCAAUAACUCUCUACAUUCAAGAUCAAGGAAGAAAUCCAGACCUUCUUGCAGUGUGCAGUUCUUUCCUGCUCCAUGUUCUACCAAGUCAGAGAAUAAUACCAAAGAAGACUCAGUGUUUCUUCCCUCAGAGGGGGAAAGCUACGAGGAGUCCACUCAAAAUAAUCAUCUCAGUAUGAGCCCUGAAUGUAUUGCAAAGAAACUCAGACCUUUGAGAGAACUGACUGUUCAAGAGUUACUGAAGGAGUUUGGGGAUACCUGGAAAUUCCAACCAAACUCCAUAUCUGUGGGUUACUUUAAAGAACAGGUGGUAAUGAAGUUCAGAAGAGCUCUGUAUUAUUCUGGAAUUUGGGUGGCACAUGUCCAAGGAUACAGACUUGUAAAGCACUUUUCAGCAAAUUACUUCAAGAGAAACCCUGGUUGCCUACAGAGGUUGGUCCCAUGGCUAAAACGGGAACUAACUGCUGUUUAUGGAGAUUAUGGGUACACAGUGAAGAAUCUCCUAGCCACCAUUCUCCACCACAUGACAGAAUAUGACCUGGACAGUGAGUCCUUCAUUCACCUCUUAGAACCUUAUCUCCAACAAUAUACCCAUCAUUUUCUGCAUGAGUUUAUAAGCUUUGUUCACUCACCUUACAACAUGGAUACCUAUGACAAGCAAGCCAUUUAUCAAUGUCCUUCUGCUUCAUCAUGGGUGAAAAAGAAGUCCACCGUAACAGUUCCAGUUUUGCCUUUGCCCUCAGAUCAGGCUGUUCUUGUUUCUAAACAUGACACAAAACAGUCUAAAAAUACCAAGGGCCAGUGGAAUAAUGAUGAAAGACCUCUAUCAGGCUUGCAACAAUUUUCAAAUGUUGACUCUUUCUUAAAGAAAUCUGAAAUUCCAGUCAUCCUUCAUAAAGCAGCAAGUAAAAAACAAGCUUGGAUCAAAGACAAAUCAGAUUCAGGCAUGGUUUCUACUAAUAAUAUGUUCCUGCAUUGUGCUAAACCAAAGGAAAGGGGUCAGGGUUCACUGAGUCUCAAAAAAAGUCUUCAAGAGAGGACGAAAGAAGGAAUAAAUUUGAUUCCUAGUCAUGUCCAGAAUUUAGGGAAGAGUGAAACAACUGCUCGUGCCAUCAGCGCCCCAGCAAUUUUUAAUCAAGAGCAACCAGCUAAGUUUAGCCUAAAAGAAAGGAAGAUUUUAAGGGUUGAUCAGCAGACAAAUUGUCGGAAAAAAGAAGCAGAAAAAAAUAACUACUUGGACUCUUCACCAAAAAUCUUUCAGAAAAGACACCCCAGACAAAGAUCCUUGAUAAGGUGCAAGUGCAGAAAGAGAGAUCCCUCUUGGAGCUCCAUUUCAGAAAUUGCCCUCUCUCCAAAGACAGAUGGCAGGAAGCUGACCUCUUCCAGAAAAAAGAGGAUGAUCUGUAGACAAUCCUCCCAGUUUGCAGUUGGUUCACACUCCAGUAGAACAACCCAAAGACACUUAGGGUCUCAUACUCAGAGAUCCAAAUCCUGGUGUGACAAACUUUCCAAAAGAUCAGUAAGCAGAGAUUCAAGUACUCACUCUCUGAAAGGAAGACACAGAAGUGAAUGCUUCAUCCAUAAGCUAUUCUGUGAGCAUUCAAAAGAAAAGAAUGUGUAUGGGCAUGAGUCAAUCUACCCAGAGCCCUCUUCAACUACAGUCCAAUAUGGGAAGCUUUCCUCAACUGUUGAGAAGAGACCCAAGUGCUGUUCUAAAAGUGAAGUUGCUUCCCAAGCUGGAAGUCACUGUAUCAAUUCCACAUGCCUACAUACUAAGAAACCCAGAUCUCCCAGUAAAGAAGAAAUGAAACAAAGAGACACAUUUCCUAGAGCUAGAAAAACCAGAGGAGUUAGGCACAGAAAAAACAAGUGCCAGUACCCAGAUCUACAGGCUACCAAGGAAGUCUGUGAUGAAGUGAAUGACAUACAGCAUGUGAGUAGUCUUUCAGAGUGUGCAUUUUCCUGCAGAAGGCAAAUCCCAAAGAAAAAGGUGAAUUCAAGCCUUCAGAAACAUUGCCUGGCUAAGAAUGAACGUAAAGGAGACAAAUUAUUGGAGACAGAGAGUUACAAACUGUUCUGA